AUGACAGCUAGUGGACUCGGUUUCGCCCUCAGCAAGUGCCUUGUCGAAAGAGGGUAUCUUGUAGCCAUGUGCGAUAUUGAUGCUACCACUGGCAAAGCCCGCGCACGUGAAUUAGGUGACCAAGCCGCCUUUUUCGAAGUCGACAUCACAGUAUAUGAGGAACUUGGGGCGGUAUUUGAGCAGGCCUGGAGCAAAUGGGGACGUAUCGACUUUGUUGCGGCAAAUGCUGGGAUAUUGGAUAGUGCGUCACUAUUUCCCAGCCCAGAAACGUGCCCACCCACGACCCCACCACCAAAGCCCAACCUCAAAACCAUUGAAGUGAACACAAUCGCGGCUAUCCACUCAGUCUAUCUUGCCAGACAUUAUUUUUCUAAAAAUACUGCUCAUGGCGGCACGAUUACCAUCACAUCUAGUUCUGCUGCAUUCUACGCUCUUGAGACGGCGCCACUCUACACCGCUAGCAAGUCAGCUAUUCCCGGUUUGGUUCGAUCACUGGCGCCGAGAUUAGGGGAGGAAAACAUACGAAUCAACUGUAUUUGCCCCGGAUUUGUAGCUACAAGUCUCACAGCGGCCAUACAGGGCAUAGUCCCGGCUGACUAUAUCACUCCAAUGUCCAGCAUCAUUCAUGCCUUCGAGCGAUUCUUGGACGGCGACGAGACGGGUCGUGUGGCAGAAGUGAGUAAGGAUAGAGUGUAUCUCCAUGAGCAAACAGAGUUCUCCGAUAGAUGGCAGAAGUGGGUGGCCGAAAACCUCACUGAAGUCAAACUCAAAGCUCAGGCAACAAGGCAAGAUCAAGUUCGAUUGGCAGCGUGA